AUUUUCUUAAAAUACUUUUCACUAUUCCUUCAAAAAAAAUAAAAGACUAAAGGGAAAAUCGAAAGGAAGCGAGGAGGAAGAAGAGAAAUGGAAGAUAACCCUAAUCGAGCAGAAGCAGAGCGUCUCCUAGGAAUCGCGGAAAAGCUCCUCGAAUCACACGAUCUAAACGGCUCGAAAGAGUUCGCGAUCUUAGCCCAGGAGUUGGAGCCAUUGCUCGACGGCUCCGACCAGAUCCUGGCGGUGGUUGAUGUCCUCCUCGCGGCGGAGAAUCGAGUCGGAAACCACCCCGAUUGGUACGGCAUCCUCCAGAUCGAUCCCCAGCGAUCCUCUUCCGACAUCGAUCUGAUCAAGAAGCAGUACCGGAGGCUCGCGCUCCUCCUCCAUCCCGACAAGAACCGGCUCCCGUACGCCGACCAGGCCUUCAGGUUUGUCGCCGAUGCGUGGCAUGUGCUGUCGAAUGCGCCGAAGAAGUCCCAGUUCGAUUCCGAGCUGAAUCUGUUCUUCACCAAGGUGGACUUAAAUCACCGGGAGACGGAGAAAUCGCCGCCGUGGCGGAAAUCCGGCGGAGUGAACGAGAGGAUGGCGACGUUUUGGACGACGUGCCCGUACUGUUACGGUCUCUACGAGUACCCUGGGGUUUACGAGGAGUGCUGUGUCCGGUGCCAAAACUGCAGGAGGGCGUUCCACGCGGCGAAAAUCGCUCAAUUGCCGCCAUUGGUGCCCGGAAGAGACGAGUAUUACUGCUGUUGGGGUUUUUUCCCGAUGGGAUUCAUGAGCGCGAAGGAAGCUUCAGGAGCUUCAAUGGCGGAUACAUCGAAAUUCCCAAAUUGGAUGCCGCCGGUUUUCCCCACAGUCCACCACCCCGCCGCCGUGAAUGGCUUCGCAGCAGCAGCCGCGCCUGGUGGACCCAGUGACGUCGCAAAGAGAGGCAAUGAAGCAGUGAAUGUCCCUGCAGCUGCUGCAGACGGGGUGCCGAAGAAGCGGGGACGGCCGCGGAAGAAUCCGCUUCCGUGAUCUUUCGCCGGAGAGAAUUCAGAGGCUUUUUCACGGCGUCGAAUGGGAUGAAACGUUGCCUACUACAGCACUGACGAGAUCGCCGGCUCCGAGGAGAGAGAGAGAGACCUAAACUUCGUCGAAUUCAGCCGGUGAGAUCGAUCUUUCUCAGGCGAAGAAACAACGAAAACGAUGAUAUCUCAGGUCUUCGUCUUGUCUCAGCGAGGCGACAGCAUCGUCUUCCGCGGCUCUUUCUAUAUCUUCAGACCAAUUCCUUGAGGGCCAAAGGGGUGCCUGGAACAGCUGUUACUAAAUCUGCUGUAGCCAAUGAGCUUGGGGGUCGGAGAAGGGAGAAGAUUUCUGUUGACAUCAUUAGAGAAAAUCUUUUCAAGUUUAGUGGUCCCGCCAGACGGUGAAUUCCCAGUUAUGACGCAGGAGUUCAAGCCUCCGUUCCAUGUGAAUACCUUGAUUGAAAAAGCGGGGCGCCUUAAGGCAAUAUAACAGAAGGAAGCCGGGCCUGUCGGCAUGACAUUCACGAUGCCGAUGUACAAUGUAUCCCGUCCUCAGGUGAGAAAAACUCGUACUCUAACUCUUGAGUUUGAACUUAUUAUGCAAACAAAAACUGGCUGAAUCCCAUUUGUCAUGCGUGCAAGACGUUUCAAAAGCAAGCGCUGUUAAAUUGUUAAUAAUGGUUGCCCGAGGCGUCUCUCUCGGUUGCAGGUGAAGUACUUGCAGAUAGCGAAGAAAUCGAGCACUGACAACCCGUAUGGAUGGGUGAGAGACGUGACUCAGGCCAAUUCCUACGUCGGCUCGGAUACCACUGAGGCUCUCUCCUCAAAUCUGUUAGGUACUUGGGCAAGGAAAAGCCAAAACAUGAAGAGAAAGAGAGAUGAGCACAGUAAACGCGGAUGAUUGAGGGGAAAUGGAGAAGAAUCAAUCUUAUGGAGAUCUUGUCAUCAUUCAAACAACACACUAACUUAAGACCAUUUGCAAACAAAAAAAAAAACAUCUCUACUAAGUUUUCGUUAGAUUUUUUUUUUAUUUCAA